UUCACUGUUUGCGUGUCCGUGGGCUCUGAUGACAUAUAUUUUUGUGAUGUACUUACAGGUUUUUGUAAAGUUCUUUGUUUCACCGGUCGCUGAAUAUGAAAUAGUACAAGACAGUUGAACACCUUUCGAAAGUGUACAACUAAUGUUAUACGGAUUUAUACAUGAUAAUUGUUGUUUUUAAAGGAUUCUAAAAUUAAGUCACAUAUAUUAAUUUAUAUAUUUACCUGUCUGUACAUGUAUGUGUCUGUACAUUGUUCAUCAACGCAACAUACGUAGUCACAGACUGAAAAGGAUAAUAUAACGAAGAUUACCAGUAUUUCUUCUUGGGAAGGUUUUAAAACAGAGAGAAGCUGAAUGCAGCCAUGGUGCUAAUCCUAGGAAGACGACUAAACAGAGAGGACUUAGGGGUGCGUGAUUCACCUGCCACUAAACGCAAGAUCUUUGAGGUGGAUCCAAAAUCACUCAUGAAUCAUGAUGCCUAUGAUUUUUGCUCAGGAUCAUCCCAUGCUGAAGGCAUUUUGCAGGUUCUUAAUGAAUUUCGUGAUAGCCGUCUUUUUACUGAUGUGAUUAUUUGUGUUGAGGGGCGGGAGUUUCCAUGCCAUCGUGCUGUCCUGUCUGCUUGUAGCAGCUAUUUCCGGGCCAUGUUCUGUAACGACCAUCGCGAAAGCCGUGAAAUGUUGGUAGAGAUAAAUGGCAUUUUAGCUGAAGCUAUGGACAGCUUUCUACAGUAUGUCUACACUGGCAAAGCCAAAAUUACAACAGAGAAUGUGCAGUUCCUUUUUGAGACAUCCAGCCUUUUUCAGAUAGGAACAUUACGUGAUGCCUGUGCCAAAUUCUUGGAAGACCAGCUGGAUCCUUGUAACUGUCUAGGUAUUCAGCGUUUUGCCGACACUCACUCACUAAAGAAUCUAGCCAGUCGCUGUCGGAGCUAUGCCCUUCAGAACUUUGCUGAUGUGGCCCAGCAUGAAGAGUUCCUGGAGCUGCGAAAAGAUGAACUUAUUGAGUACAUCUCCAGUGAUGAGUUGGUUAUCAGCAAGGAGGAGAUGGUCUUUGAAGCAGUUAUGCGAUGGGUCUACCAUUUAAUUGAAUUGAGGAAACCUCUGCUCAAAGAGCUACUUAUGCAUGUCAGGAUGCCACUGCUUCAUCCAAAUUACUUCGUUCAAACUGUUGAGGGGGACCAGCUUAUUCAGACCUCCCCUGAAUGCUAUCAUCUGUUGCACGAAGCAAGGCGUUACCAUGUACUUGGCAAUGAGAUGAUGUCCCCCAGGACAAGGCCACGCAGAUCCACAGGCUUUUCCGAGGUGAUUGUAGUGGUUGGAGGCUGUGAGAGAGUCGGUGGGUUUAACCUCCCUUAUACUGAAUGCUACGACCCAGUAACCGGGGAGUGGAAGUCCUUGGCUAAACUUCCAGAAUUCACCAAAUCUGAAUAUGCUGUGUGCGCUCUUAGAAACGACAUACUUGUCUCAGGUGGGCGUAUCAACAGUCGAGAUGUUUGGAUGUACAAUUCGCAGCUCAAUAUCUGGAUUCGGGUGGCUUCCCUGAACAAAGGAAGAUGGCGUCAUAAAAUGGCUGUUCUUCUAGGCAAGGUUUAUGUGGUUGGAGGUUAUGAUGGUCAGAACCGUUUGAGCAGUGUUGAAUGCUAUGAUUCAUUCUCAAAUCGCUGGACAGAGGUGGCUCCUCUGAAGGAAGCUGUGAGUUCUCCUGCUGUGGCCAGCUGUGUCAACAAACUUUUUGUAAUUGGAGGAGGGCCGGAUGACAACACUUGCUCAGACAAGGUUCAAUGUUAUGAUCCAGAAACUAACUCUUGGCUGCUUCGUGCUAACAUACCAAUUGCAAAACGAUGCAUCACAGCGGUCUCUUUGAAUAACCUCAUCUACGUAUCUGGAGGACUCACCAAGUCUAUCUAUUGCUAUGACCCAAUAGAAGACUAUUGGAUGCAAGUUGUAAACACCUUCACCAAACAGGAAAGCUGUGGCAUGUCUAUUUGCAAUGGAAAAAUUUACAUUCUAGGAGGAAGGGGUGAGACUGGAGAAGCAACGGACACUAUCCUGUGUUACGACCCAGCUACAGGAAUAAUAACUGGCAUGGCGGCAAUGCCCCGGCCCAUCUCUUAUCAUGGUUGUGUAACCAUUCACCGUUACAAUGAAAAAUACUUUAGAUCCUGAACACGAUAAAAAGUACAUGUAAAUUUUUCAUUAACAGAUGAACUUCAAAAUGCACAAGAUGACCAGAAUGCCUUAAAGGAAAUCACAUUUAAAGAUAAUGGGUAUAAGCUGAGCCGCCUUUUCGCAACAUUAUUUUGUGGGAGUGGUGUAUUUUCUUUUGCUCUUUUUUAGUGGUUUGGAUUGUUUGACUUCUAAAAUUCUACACUGUAAUACAUUUAAUUAUUUCUUGUUAUUGAUAUGUAAAGUUUGUGACUGUGAUAUGAAUCUUAUAUUGCUAACCAUUUUUAGUAAGUACAUUUUUUUACUGUUGUUAACUUUAAUACAGCCUCUUUGAAAGUUGUUUUUUUUUUUUUUUUUUAAACACGUAAAAGACAUUUUAGGGUAAGAUUAUGCAAACAUGAUGUUACUCUAGGCAUAAACGUCACUCAUUUGCAGUAAGUUAGGACUAAAAAGACUGAUGAAAGAACAAAGUGAGAGUGUGGAGUGAGAUUGCAAUCUUUUUAAAUUGUUUGUUUCCCAAAUUUCAUGGACUAUGUUGGAUUGUUUGUGAUGGACUGAGCCCUGUGCCUCUUGUUGCUGGAAUGGGCUGCAAGACUUUACAUCUCCCAACCAUGAAAAUGCAAGUUUAGUAAAUGGAUUGAAGGAGGUUUAAAAUUUGCUUCCUGUGUACUACACACCGCACAACUUAUAAUCAAGGCAAAUUAAACUGAAUGGAUAUUGGUACUUAUCUUGUGGUAAAGAACUAUUAAUCCCUAAAAACUGGAUUAACAGACACAGGACUACUAAACACUCUACCUUUUAUCACAACUUUCUCAUUACUUCCAUACCCUCAUUUUAAACUGUCCUACUCCAGUCAGCUCAUUUCUGCUGUUCAGUCUGAAGAUUAUUAAGUAUUUAGCAUUAACUUGUAUGAAGGAAAAUGAAAAGCACUCAAUACAUAUUCAGGUGUAGUUGACAACUCCAAUAUGCUGUUUUCUUCAGAAACAAGUGGAAUAAAAUUGAACUAUAAUGUCAGUCUGAUAAAAGUCAAAGUGUUUACAUUUUUGUUGUUGACAAAUGGCACUUUUGAUGUUCAGUUAAGGAUAUUUGUAGACUGUAGUGUUUUGCACAAAAACAUAUACAGACCUUUAUGAAAACACUGCCAAACCUGCUAACAUUUGUGUGUUUUUUUUCCUUUGGUUUCUGAAAGCAAGGCAUUUGGCUUUGGAAAUAAUCUGAGCUUUCCAUAGUACAAGUUUCUUCCUCCCUGAUCCAGGUGAGUCCUAAUCCACAAAAUGUUAAAGGCCACUUUAAAUGAUCCAUUUUGCAGUAAUACUAUUUUAAAGGAAUGCUUACUAUUUUGAGACAUAAUUUUUAAUCUAAAAAACACAAUUGAAUUUUAAAUUGCAAAAUAUGUUUAUUAGUUUUGAAACUAUAUGAUGCUAUAAGUGGAGGAGUUUAGUCAGUCAGUCUCCAACCUGCUGUAUCCUAACACAGGGUCACAGGGGUCUGCUGGAGCCAACACAGGGCGCACGGCAGGAACAAACUCCGGGCAGGGCACCAGCCCACCACAGGGCACACACACACCAGGGACAAUUUAGGUUCGCCAAUGCACCUAACCUGCAUGUCUUUGGAAUGUGGGAGGAAACCGGAGCACCCGGAGGAAACCCACGCAGACACGGGGAGUACAUGCAAACUCCAUGCAGGGAGGACCCGGGAAGCGAACCUGGGUCUCCUAACUGUGAGGCAGCAGCGCUACCACUGCGCCACCAUGCCGCCCUGGAGGAGUUUAGUUGUCUAUAAUCAGUUUGGGCAAACUAAUACAGUAGAUUAAUGAAAAAGUCAUUGUAAUACAGUAAAACUCACACUAAGUAAUUUUUCUAUGCAAUAAUUAACACUUUUUUGACUCACUCGCAGCUUUCCAGAAGCAGAAUUGACAAUGCUCAAUAUUCAGCUUUCUUUUUUUGUGCUAUCACCACAGUGUUUCAUUUUACUUAAGCCAUUGUACACAUUUCAGGGAUCCCAGAAGUGCCUGAGAUGUACAGAGUUAACACUUUAUCACUUUUUGAGCUUACUGCUUAUUACUGCAGUCUCAAUGAAAAAUCUAACAGUAAAACUGAAGUAAAAUGAUACCACAAACUUUCAGAUGCCUGUUUCUUUUGCUAAUUUCCUUUUAAGCUGCUAUGAUUUAAAUUGUUGAGAUAUCUACACACCUAUUUUAGAGUGCAAUGCCAAAGUCCUGCUGCUGCCAAACACUUAUUUUAACAUGCCCUUAUAAAGCUCUUGUCUCCUUAGCGCAAGGCAAGCGUAUGCCAGCUGAGUUCAUGAGAGCUGCAGAAAUACUGAGGUCACAUUCCAUUCCACAGGUUUUAAGACCAAUAUCAUUUUUUCUAUUUAACUUCUAGGAUAACAUCUAUCAAUCCAGCAAACAUAAAUUUAUUUGCAUUUAUGGGUACAGGGAAAAAAAUGUUGUUGAAGUCACUUACCCUAUUUUUUCCUCUUGAACUUAAUGUCAGUAAUUAUUAUGUACGUUUAGUAUAUCAUUUCCCCCAUUUUGAUUUUAUUACAAGCCUGUAUCAUAAUAUAUGCUUUAUUACCUUUUUUGUUUGUAUGUAUUUCUUGAUGGGGGAAGACCGUUCACAGCACUUUGUUCCUUGCCCUUUAUUAGAUGUAGGAUUUAUUUCUGAGUAAAUAUUGUUAAAAUGUAAAUAUAGUUCUUAAAUUUUACUGUAUCAGUAAAUUUGUUUUGCUUGAGUUCAUGUAAUGAUAAUGUAAGAGGAGGAUCGUAAAAGCAUUCAUAGUUUUGUUGAGCGAUGUGGCCACUGUGAUAAAGAGCAAGGAGAAACAGAAAGAGUCAGCACUUGAACCAAGAAAGAAACUAGUUUAAUGUGGAUGCCAUAAAAUAAUCUGUAAAAAUCACAAAUAAAAUGGAGGGUAAAUUCAAGAUCAGAAGUUAUGCAGUUUAUUUUACAUAUUAUUUGUCAGACUGAUUCACCAGCAGCAGUGGUUUUUAGAAUCUGAUAAAUGGCAGUUUCAAGUUUUUGUGAGUCAUUAUCAGUCAGCCUUCUCAAAUUCUUGAUUUCCAUGAAACCUCAAAAUGUAAAUCCUUUCCUUCACACCUGGAAGGGUUUGCCUUUGGCGCACACAAACACACACACCAAACUGUUUUGGGGAACAUUUUAACCUAGAAAAUUGCUUUGAAGCAUAUUGAGUAGUGCAUUGUAUUGGGGGUCAAAAGCAAGUGCAAAUUAAGUGAUUCUGAGAAGCAAACCAAUGACCAGAAGCACUGGCAUACUAUCUGGGGUUUAGGGUGGUAUCAUUUCAUUCCAGGCAUCUCAAGGUGGUAUGCUAGCAGUAAAUAAAAGAAAGUUUUUAAGAAUUUCACAUGGACCAAAAGCAGCAAUUGACCAAUACUCACUUUUCACUUAUUAUUUUCUUUUAAUUUAAUGAAUAAGUGCACAAAAUUGCACAACUCUGCAGUUUUAAUGUUUAAAUUAUCCAUUCCAGGGUCAUAUUAAUAAUGAUUAAUAAUGAAAGGAUAAAUCACCUUGUAUGGUUUUCAAGAAAAUAUUUGCAUUUAGAUUUUAAAUAACUGCUUAUUUGCACAACCUCUUGUAUUCUGUUUUUCCCUAUGGACCUCCUGAAAGGGACUGCAGGGAACAUACAGGUUUGUAUCUGACUGUAGUGUGUGAUAUAAAGAUAAUUUACAUGACAAAUAAAUACAGUUUCAGAGUUCAAGUACAUUUUUUUCUUCUAAUAUUUGGUGUAAUGUUAUUGGGUUAUGUCUCUUAUGCCAGGUCUAUUUGGUACAUUGUAUAAUAUUUGUUAAAAUUAACAUCGAAUGAUGCUGGAAGAAAAUUGGCUGGAUAGAUAAUUACCAUUCUAAGCAGCCGUACACACAGCAGUUAAAUGAAUUAUUGCAGGCUGCAUAUUCUUAAGGCUUGUUAAGAAAAUCUUGUAGUUAACCUUGAACUUAACAGAGCCAGGCCUUGCAAAUAAUACAACGGUGAUUAUUUUUUAUUUUAGGUGUGCAUGUUGUAGCACUUAUGUAUCUUGCUAAUUUUUUUCAGUAAUUGUUACAUUAUGGAAUGAUGUGAGCUUAUAUUUUCCAAAUUGCUUUGAACAAGUGUAAAAUCUCUUUUUAAAUAUGUUAGAUGUCAUUUGUGUGCCUUAAUAAAAAUCAUAAAGUGUCA